UUUGCCAUGCACUUAACUUUUUUUGUUGCAUUAAGGAAUAUUUACAGACUUCAUGCAUAAUAACGAUGUUAUGAGAUUAAUGUUUAAAAUAUGAAGUUUUGAAUAUAGAAAUAUUAAACAAUUUAAAUGACUCAAUUUAUAAAAUGAAACUGAAACCGCCAGUAGGUGGCAGCAUGUCACUGAAUCAUUUAUUAAAUCGAUUCGUUCAAACGUCUGAUUCAUUUAUGAUUUUAAGACAGCACCGGAUGUAGUGUCUGGCGCGUUUUUUAGAUUGUUAGGUCAUUAUUAAUCUCUUUAUCAGAGAACAACAAAGAUGUCUGGUGUACCUAAUAAUUUUAGAAGACGUCUCAGUGGGAUUAGGGAUCGCAUAAAUGCCCAACUUGACAGUUUACUUGAAGCAUCACCAGCAGAGCUUGGAGAACAAAGUCUUGUGGACAGGUAGGGAAUGUCUGUCUGCCUAUCUAUCUAUCUAUCUAUCUAUCUAUCUAUCUAUCUAUCUAUCUAUCUAUCUAUCUGUAAAAUCUUUAAAUAAAAUCUAUUUAUUAGCCCUAUAAAUUAAUUGGAUGAUUUAAUUCGACAACUUAAAUCAUGACAUUAUAAUAACAAACAAUAAGUAUCAAACUUACUUUAUCUCAGAUCAUUAAUUAGGUUAUAGCAAAUAUGUUUAAAUUUCGUAGUAGAGUUAUGUUUAAAUGUUCUCUGAAAGGUUUGAGAUGUUCCGCAACGAACAGCCGUUGCAUGGUCCUGCUCGUCCCAGAAGGACGCGGAGGAGAAAUGUGACAUGUACAUUUAAAGUAACUCUUCUCCGCACUGGUAUUGAUCGGUUAUCUUCUUUGAGAGAUGCCAUUGCCAGUCAGAGACUUGUUGUACAGAGAGAGCAGAGUGAGACACAGUUUGCAGAAAUUCUCAGAAGCACGUUUCCACAGCUUCAAGGGAGAGAGUUUGAAUUAUGCAGGGUUGAUGCACAGAGGCAGGUUUCACGUUUGAGUCUGGAGUCAAAAACCCCAGCAGCCAUAAUUGCUAGUGGGCAGCUAGGAAGAUCGGCACUUUAUGUACAAGAGAAGAGUACUUAUGCACUUGCACAAGUGAACUCCUCUCCAGCUCCAGCCGUGGCCUCCUUCUCAUCUCCAGCCGUGGCCUCCUUCUCAGCUCCAGCCGUGGCCUCCUUCUCAGCUCCAGCUCCAGCCGUGGCCUCCUCUCCAGCUCCAGCUCCAGCCGUGGCCUCCUUCUCAGCUCCAGCUCCAGCCGUGGCCUCCUCUCCAGCUCCAGCUCCAGCCGUGGCCUCCUUCUCAGCUCCAGCUCCAGCCGUGGCCUCCUCUCCAGCUCCAGCUCCAGCCGUGGCCUCCUCUCCAGCUCCAGCUCCAGCCGUGGCCUCCUCUCCAGCUCCAGCUCCAGCCGUGGCCUCCUCUCCAGCUCCAGCUCCAGCCGUGGCCUCCUCUCCAGCUCCAGCUCCAGCCGUGGCCUCCUUCUCAUCUCCAGCCGUGGCCUCCUUCUCAGCUCCAGCCGUGGCCUCCUCUGCUGCUCCAGCUCCAGCCGUGGCCUCCUCUCCAGAAGUUUCAGUGGCAUUUUCUUUACUCAGUCCAGACACAGAUAUUUAUAUCUCAGAUGAAGAUGAGUAUGAUGUUGACCUGAAAUCAUUGUUAAAUACAAUGUCAAACAAAGUGGAUUUUACAGCUGCACCCAUUUCCAACCAAAUCAAUGUAACACGAUGCAACAUCCUAGACAGUGGCAUCAGAGCCUUCCGACGCCAACGUUUUAACCCUGAGGCAAAACUAGAUGUUGUGUUCAGAGAUGCUGAUGGGAUUGGUGAGGGAGCCGCUGAUGAGGGUGGACCAACGAGAGAAUUUUUAACUUUGCUGAUGAGGGAAAUCCACUCAUGCGAAAUAUUUGAUGGAGAGGACUGGAAAAAAACACUUGCCUGCAAUUCCAAAGCACUGUACAAUGGAAUGUACAAAAUAGUUGGACGGAUGAUAGCUGUGUGCCUGAUACAUGGUGGUGUGGAGCCAAAUUUUUUUUCAGAAAGACUGUUCUGUCAGGUGUGCAACCUUCAGCCCCCAGUACCAGACCUUCAAGAGAUUGCUGACUAUGACUUCAGAGCAAAGAUGACCAAGAUCCAGUUGGCACAGAAUGUAAAUGAAGCACAGUGUGCUAUAAUGGAGGCGUCUGACCAAUUAAGUAUGCUGGGGUCUCUAUGGCACAUCCAGACGCUAGAAGACAGAGACAACUUAGUGGAAUCAGCUACCAAGUUUUUCAUCGAGAACAGGUUGAGGGAUUCCUUGGAACAAUUUAAAGAGGGCCUGGAGUGUCUUGGGCUUUUACAUUUGAUGCAAAAGCAUCCUCAGCUCUUUAAAGAAGUAUUUAUGUAUGAGGAGAAGCCACUUUUGGCCGAAGACAUAUCUGCUUUGUUUAAAGCAGAACUUUCUCCAGUUGGCAGCAACAGGAGAGUAGUGGAGAGUAGAACAAUCUGUUUCUGGAGGGACUGGCUCAUAGAAGUGGAAGAAGGAACUGCAUAUCCCCUCACCUUAGACAAGAUUCUUGGAUUUGUGUCAGGAUCUACUGCUAUUCCGAGGCUAGGGUUCCCAGUGGAACCCAAAUUGGAGUUCUUACACCCUCAAGAGAAUGAGGCCCCUAAAAUUUUUCCAGAGGCAAAUACCUGCAGCAUUGUCUUGAGGCUACCAAUCCAUCCCAGCUAUGAACUCUUCAGAGAAAACAUGGAAAGUGGUAUUUUGCAAUCCCCCACUUUUGGAGUGAUGUAGAAAAAUUGUGUUGGCUGUUACUGAUGUAAUAGUUUUAAAUAUUUUCAUGUUUUAAAGUUUUAUUAUGAAACAUGAAGAGCUAAAUUGGCACACCACUGCUCUAAGAGUAGAAAAAUAUUUAUAUUCUCACCAAAAGUGACAUUUCAAGCCUACAAGCUCUUCAUCAGACAAUGAUCACAUACAUCAAACUAGAGUGACAUGAUCACCCACAUGACCCCCCGCCCCCCAAACCGAAUGGCAAUCAGAUAAAGGCAAUAAACAUAAAAGUGAAAACAACCAUUAACUACAAAUGCUGAACCUCAACAUAUUAAAAAAAAAAAAAUACUUGCAAAAUAUACAUAAAAGAACAAUACUUUAUCUCUCACAAAAAUCAUUAAAUAAAAUGCCUGAUGUUAAGAAAACAAUCAACAUCAAGAUAGAAUCAAAUGUAAAUUUGAUUCUAUAAUUUAUGUAUACUUUACAGCUAUUUUUUUUAUAUAGGCUUAGGUUCAGAAUUUGUAGUUAGUGGUUGUAUUCACUUUUAGGUUUGUUUAUUGCCUUUAUGUGAGGUGAUUUCCUGAUUGCCCUUUUUUGGAUCAUGUGGGUGAUCAUGUCAUUCAGGUUUGUGCUAUAUAUAAAACCUGAACUAUGUAUGUGUUCAUUGUCUAAUGAAGAGCUUGUAGGCUCGGAAUGUCACCUUUGAUGAGAACAUAAUACUUUUGGAGCUGUGGUGUGCCAAAUUUCUUCUUAGUUUUAGGUAUUUACGUGGUUGAGCACUCACAUUAAGCCCUUCAGCCUGUUGGAUGUGUGCACUUCGAUUAUCUAAAGUUAUACAAUGGACAUUUCAUCAUACAGUUCUACUACAGCUUUUUGAUGUUUGUAGGGGUUGCUAAGUUUUGUCCCUUUCUCCAGUUCUGCUCUGUCUUGGGAUAUCUGAUAAGAAUCCACAUCUGAAAGUAUUCAGAUUAUACUACAAAUUAAUGAAAUUUACAUCACAAUUACAAUAAAAAGUUGUUUAUUAA